AUGUGUUCUAAAAAUAGAAUGGAUUUGAAAUAAAGUGUAAGAAAAUGUUAUCUUAAUCAAUUUAAUAGAAUGAAUUAAAAGCCUUAAAGUAGAAGUGCCUCUGCAAUUAUUACGGCAUUUACUUAACAAUAUUAAGAGAUUCAAUUACUAGACGCCUAAAGAGAGUUUGAUGAUAUGACGAAGGAGAUGAUGCAAAGGAGGAAGAGGUUGUUGAAAUAGAAUGAGAAAGGUGUGUAGAAUGAGAAAGUUGACACGUCUAAAGCAGAGAAAUUCAAAAACAUGGAUGAACAUUCCAUACCGUUAACAGAAUUAGAGCAAAGAUUAGAAACUUCAUUGAUUAAUGGGCUUUCUUCAGAUCAAUUAGAUGAAAAAUUGAAGUAAUAUGGGAAAAACACUCUCACUUAAAAAGAAAAGUCACCAUGGUAUAUACAAUUAUUACAUGAAUUGACAAAUGUUUUUGCUUUAUUACUUUGGGCAGCAUCAGGAUUGUGUUUUCUAGCAUAUGGGUUAACUCCAGAAGAUCCCUCAAACUUAUACCUUGGGAUAGUUCUAAUUGCAUGCAUUUUAAUAACAGCCCUUAUGACUUAUUUUUAGAAUAGGAAAUCGGAGGCCAUAAUGCAAGGAUUCGUGAAUUUUAUACCUCCUGAAACCAUAGUGAUACGGGAUGGGAAAUAGUAGAAACUCCCAGCAGUCGAUUUAGUUCCAGGAGAUAUAGUGAUUAUAGAAUCUGGAAAAAAGAUUCCUGCUGACAUCAGAAUUAUCGAGAGCAACCAAAUGAAAGUAGACAAUUCAAGUUUGACAGGAGAAUCACUGUUAUUGAUAAGAUCUCCAGAAUGCACUCAUGUAGAAAAUCCAUUAGAAACAAAAAAUCUGGUAUUCUUUGGUACUUUAUGCAAAGAGGGUACAGGGAAAGGAGUGGUCAUCUUUACAGGAGACAAGACCGUGAUUGGAUAGAUAGCAGGAUUGGUUUAGAGUUCGAUGGUGGAGGAGACCCCAUUAAAAAAAGAACUUGAUGCAUUCACUAUAUACAUAGCAUGUAUAGCCUUAUCUAUAGGAAUUUUGUUCUUCGUAUUAGGUUUUGCAGUGGGAUAUCCUGCUAUUUAAAAUCUAAUAUUUGCAGUUGGUAUUAUUUCUGCAAAUGUUCCUGAAGGGUUAUUAGCCACUGUAGUGGUCGCAUUAUCUAUAACAGCAAAGAAGUUGGCUGGUCUAAAAGUGUUAGUGAAAAACCUUGAAGGAGUUGAAACUUUAGGAUCAACUUCGUGCAUUUGUUCAGACAAAACAGGAACUUUAACAUAAAAUAAAAUGACUGUUGAAAACAUUUGGUAUAAUGGUAAGAAAAUGAGAGGACACAAUAAGGAGAAAAUGGGGCCUUAUUUCAAUUAUUAAUAUGAUGUCCAAGACCCAACUUUUAGGCUUUUGCAUGAAACGGCAGUAAUUUGUUCUGAAGCUGUAUUUGAUGAUAGUCUGCCUUAGAAUAUAACAAUUAAGAUUAAUAACUCAAUUGGUUUAUCAUAAGCUCAAAAAGAUUAAAAAUUGGAGGAAGCCAAAGCCUAAUGGAAUAAGGAUUUUAAAAAAUUAAGUUGUUAAGAAAAGCCCACAAUUGGAGAUGCAUCAGAGACUGCUCUUAUAAAGUUCUUUUAACCAAUAGAGGAUAUUUUAUAAACUAGAGCGAAUAAAAAUAUUGCAAAGGAUAAAAAUUAGUAAAUUGCUAGAAAGCCUUUUAAUUCAACAAACAAAUUUGCAUGUAUCAUCAUAGAAGAUGAAUAAGAAGACUCUCACUUCACUUUAUUGACCAAGGGAGCUCCUGAAAGGAUAUGGUCAUUAUGUGAUAGUAUUUAUUGUAAUGGAAAAGUGGAAAUCAUAGAUGAGAAGUGGUCAUAAGAAUUUGAUGAGAUAAACGGAAAAUUUGGAAGACAAGGUGAAAGAGUGUUAGGAUUUUCAAGAAUUCCUUUACCUAAGUCUCAAUUUUCAAAGCAUUAUAAAUUUGAUUUAGACAAUUUCAACUUUCCAUUCAAAUAACAAACCUUUGUUGGACUCAUCUCUUUGAUUGAUCCGCCAAAGGAUUCAGUUCCAAAUGCUGUGUAAAAAUGCAAAUCUGCUGGCAUUCAAGUAAUUAUGGUCACAGGAGAUUAACCAGUUACUGCUGCUGCUAUAGCACGAUAAUGUAAUAUAAUAACAGAAAAGACCGUAAAUGAAAUAAUGGAAGAAAAGAAUAUUACAUUUGAAGAAGCCUUCCAUUAAUCAAAUGCUCUGGUAAUCCAUGGAGAUAGAUUGACAAAAAUGGCCAUUGAUGACGAAGGCCUACCUGAAGACGAAAAAGGUCGAUAGUUACAAGAAUGGUUGAACAAACCACAACUUGUUUUUGCAAGAACUAGUCCUGCUCAAAAAUUAAUCAUAGUAUCUGGAUGUCAAAAAAGAGGUCAUAUUGUUGCUGUAACAGGAGAUGGUGUUAAUGAUAGUCCUGCUAUUAAAAAGGCAGACAUUGGAAUUGCUAUGGGAAUCACAGGCUCAGAUGUUGCUAAGGAUGCUGCUGAUAUGAUAUUAUUAAAUGAUGAUUUCUCAAGUAUUGUGGUGGGAAUUCAAGAAGGAAGAAGAAUAUUUGAUAACUUUAAAAAGGUUAUAGUGUAUUCAUUGACCUCCAAUAUUGCAGAAUUAGUUCCAUUUUUAGGAUUUAUUGUAUUUAGACUACCAUUACCACUUACUACUGUCCUGGUCUUGUGUAUCUAAGUAGGAACAGAUAUCUUUCCAUCAAUGGUCUUUGUGUUUGAGGAGGCUGAUCUAGAUGUGAUGACCAGGAGACCGAGAAACAAGAAUGAGCAUUUGGUUGGAGGGUAAUUAAUUACCUUUGCUUAUGCCUAAAAUGGAGUAUUAGAAACAUUUUGCGGAUUCUUCUAAUGGUAUAUUUCCUUCAAUGACUUUGGCUUCACUCCAUCAUCUCUUUAUUUCUUAUUGAAUAAACAAGGAGUACUUCCUAAAUAUCAUGACAUUUACAAUCCUAAAGAUCCGUGGUUUGGUAACUCCAAUCUUAGAGAAUCUUACCCUGAUGGAACUUGUGAAGGAUCAGACUUAACAGGAUAAGAGGAUAUUGAUUGGAUAUAUCCUAAGCAUGGAGCUCAUGACUUAAGGAUGGUUCUACUUAAAUGUGAAAAUGGUAAAAUCGUUUCAAAUAUGGAAUGGGGAGAUUGUAACAUAGAUUUAAUAUCACCUGUUACACAAAGACCUUACUGCUAUCACACUGAAGCAUCAAGCUAUUCAUAGACUUCCUUCUUUUUUGGAGUUGUAUUAGGAUAAAUUUGCAAUUAUCAAGCAUUGAGAUAACUCAAAGGAUCAGUAAUCUAUAAUGGAUUUGAUAAUGUUUUCAUGUACUUGGCCUAUUUUAUAGAAUUUUUAAUUACAUGGAGUCUGUCUUAUAUUGAAAUUUUCAAUACAGGAUUUGGAACUAGAGACAUUUUGUUCAUUCACUAUGGAAUUUGUGGUCUUCCAUUUGGUAUAGUCAUGAUUCUCUGGAAUGAAGGAAGAAAAGUUUGCAUCCGUAUUUUCAAAUCAAAAACCGCUUUUCCAAGUUGGUGGGAUAGGUGCGUUGUUUAUUGA